AAUGGGAAGAAAGGACUUUUAAGGCAAAGGAAAUGAUGAGAGCAAAAUCACUGAAGUGGGAAAGCAUGAGAUGUAUUGGAUGAGGGGCAAUGAGGAGCAGUAGCCAGAGAGGUGAGUUGACCCAGAUUGUGGAGGGCCUUAUAUGCCACACUAAGGAUCUGGGUUUUAUCUGGUAGGAAUUAAGUGUUUUUGUAAAACCAGCUGCUUCGUUGCCAGGAUUGGGAAGGCUUAAGGGCCAUGUGGUAGUGCUUCCUGUCUUUCCUAAAUUAAUCCAAUUCAUUCCAAGAAGUGGGAGGAGGCUAAUAUUUGAGUAACUCCCUCUUAUGUGGCAGAGAACAACCUCCAGACGUUUUCAGUUAAUCUUCAACAAAAACCCCUCAGUGGAUAGUAUUAUUCCCAUUUUAUAGUGAGAACACUGAGAGUUAAGUAUCUGACCACACAGACUGAUUUAUUUUCCACCAGGUUGCUCUUUUUUAUGUAGGAAGGACUAUUUCCUGCCCAGAGAAGCUUCUCCCAACUCCCUGGGCAGAGUCCAUCCUUUCUUCCUCCUUUCCUUCCAUCAGACAUUUGGAAGGUUAGGAGGGUUCCUUAAAACCUGUUAAGAGUAAGACGGUGUUUAUACUUCUGGACCUCAAGGCAGGGGAUGACCAGAAGUCCUUAAGGCUACUUUCUUCCUUGGGUAGCUCAGCACCCAUCUUCCCUUCAUUGCCUGGGAGGGGCAUGUACUCCCCUUUCAUGCUGUCACAGUAUUAAAGCUGGAAGGAGCCUUAGAGACUCUUAGGCCAACCUCUUAUUUUUCCUGUGGGAACCAGGAGCCCAGAGUUGCUAAGCUUCUCGUCCACCUCUACACAUAACACAGGUUAUUGUGUUUGGUCCACUCUGCAUUGCUGACCCUCUCUCAAUGUUAUUAUAUCCCCAAAUCUCCAGGCCCCUACUUUUUCCAUAUGUUUUUCCUCUCAGGUUUUCUAUUUUUCCCACAAUGUGUUUUUUAAACCUUCUCUGAGUUAUGAAAAAAACUCUGCUUCUUCCUUUGAAAUUAGGCUAAUAUCUAGAUAAAUACCUAUUGUCUUGCCUGCUUUCAUUUGGAUAAUUUUUGUGUGGUUCAUAGAAAUAGGGAUUUAGAUUUAGGUACCUUCUUAUAGUUUGGUUUAGGAAAGAUAUCCUAGUCUUGUAAAGUGCAUAAUAACUUCCUGGUUGGCUGUCAGGGGCAGAAAUUCUGGAUUGGGGAUGAUCCAUCCAAGGAUGCCUUCUUCAGGAUGGGGGAAAGGGGAGUCCAUACAGUGUGCUUCCUGUAAUCCGAGGACCAGGGUAGCCCCUCUGGAGCUGCACGGAGCAGCGUGCUGUGGCAGCGUGGACAUUCUCAGGCUGACUCUCCAGAGUGAACUGACAGGAGAGGAACUUGAACACAUAGCCCAGAAGGCGGGCAGGAAGACCUAUGCCAUGGUGUCAGGCCGCUCAACCAGUCAUUCUCUGGCCUCAGAACUGGUGGAGUCCAAUGACGGACAUGAGGAGAUCAUUAAGGUGUACUUGAAGGGGAGGUCUGGAGACAAGAUGAUUCAUGAGAAGAAUAUUAACCAGCUGAAGAGUGAGGUCCAGUACAUCCAGGAGGCCAGGAAUUGCCUGCAGAAGCUCCGGGAGGAUAUAAGUAGCAAACUCAACAGGGAUCCAGGAGAUUCUCUCCAUGAACAGGAGAUACAGGUGGUGCUAGAAAAGCCAAAUGGCUUUAGUCAGAGUCCCACGACGCUGCAUAGCAGCCCACCUGAGGCGAACACCUAUAUAAAUGAAGAUGCCGAGAGCUUGAGGAAGACCGUGCAGGACUUGCUUGCUAAGCUGCAGGAGGCUGAGCGGCAGCACCAGUCAGACCGUGUGGCUUUUGAGGUCACACUCAGCCAGUACCAGAGAGAAGCAGAACAGAGUCGUGUGGCUCUUCAGAGAGCAGAGGACAGAGCAGAGCAGAAAGAGGUGGAAAUCGGAGAGCUGCAGAGGCGCUUGCUCGGAAUGGAGACGGAGUAUGAGGCCUUACUGGUGAAAGUCAGGGAAGGGGAGACAGCCCUGGAGGAACUUCGAAGCAAGAACGUUGACUGCCAAGCAGAACAAGAAAAGGCUGCUAACCUGGAAAAGGAAGUGGCUGGGUUGCGGGAGAAGAUCCACCACUUGGAUGACAUGCUUAAGAGCCAGCAGCGGAAAGUCCGGCAAAUGAUAGAGCAGCUCCAGAAUUCAAAAGCUGUGAUCCAGUCAAAGGACACCACCAUCCAGGAGCUCAAGGAGAAAAUUGCCUACGUGGAAGCAGAGAAUUUAGAGAUGCACGACCGGAUAGAACACCUGAUAGAAAAACAAAUCAGUCAUGGCAACUUCAGCACCCAAGCCAAGACAGAGAACCUGGGCAGCAUUAGGAUAUCCAAGCCCCCCAGCCCAAAACCCAUGCCUCUCAUCCGAGUGGUGGAAACAUGAGCGGAAGGAGAUGGACGCUGCUUUUGCCAUUGCCUGUCGCCUGCAGAGAAGCCCACCACCCCUGUAGGCUGUUAGCACUGGUUUUGACUUACUGAACUGUUCCCUGGCUACACUCAGGGCUUGGGGUUCAUGUAUCCCGCUGUUUCCAAACUCCUGUCCUCUGUAUGCUGGGCGGAUGGAGAAUGGACGCCUCCUCUGGACACUGCAGCCUUUUGGAGGACGGUAUCCUGUUGGCAGGAGCCAGGGCAGUAUCCUUAUUCCUGUAGUUACUAUUCUUCUCUGUAGCAGAGCCUCCCUUGUGUUGUAGACUGGAAUUCAGCUGCCCCAGAAGCCAGACCCUCUUCAUGUGGGGAGAGGGGACAAGAUUUGCUUCAGCCCUAGAAGCUGGAGGCAGAAGUCCACAGUGAUUGGAGAGUGUCCUGGGGGAAUGAAGUUCCUUCCGCAAACACGGCUCAGCUCUUAGCAACAAACUGUUUUACUGCUUGCUCCACCUUCAGCCCACGCUGACCCAGGCCUCCUACCGAUAGACGGUGGGGCUGCCUGUCAUGGCCUGGUCAGAGUCAGUGAACCUCAACUUUGACUGGACGGCCUUGUUUUCCUGGGGAGAAGGGAAUGGACAAUCAGGAAGUAGAUUUUAGAAGAAAGAUUCUGUAGAGCCACGGACAGGUACAUGUGACUUCUCUCUGCUGUGAAGACUCCCAGAAUCUCUUAGGGUUUUCCCCUAAGAUGCAGUGCAAGGUACACCUCAGUCUUCUUGACUCAGAGCCUAAAAACUAUUUUCACUGGGUUUCAUCAAUCUCCGUGAAACUCUGCUUGUAUUUAUUUUGCUAAGUUAUUGGUGUUUUUGCUUACAUCUCACUACUGAUUUAAUACCAGAGUUCUACAGCCUUCUCUUGUGGUGUUUGGAUUUGCUGGGAAAAGAAUGUUCCCACUGGACUUGUUGAUUUCAGAAUGACUUUGUUAUAAAUCUUUGUCUUUCUUUCCUCUGCUUGCUUUUUUCACUUCCUCCUCCAAACCUGAUCUGUACCUCAGGAAGGCAAGUAUAUUUGCCCUGAGGCAUCGGGGUCUGUAUGUUGUUUAGGGGAAGAAGGCGGGCAGGACUCUUGGGGAGGGGUUGAAUUCUUCCCCUAACCCCUUUGCACCCCUCUGCUCCAUAAUCUGUCUGUUAUCCUGGCUCUGAAUGACUUGCCACUCAUGUUUUCUUUAGGGCUCUUCCUGCAGCCUCAAGAAGGAGAUAAGCAUCAGAAUGUGGCACUAUAGGACACACAAAAAUUAAGAACAAACGUUGGAUUAAGUCUUUACGUUCUACUUGGCUCAAAACCAGAAGGCGUAGUCUGUGUGUUUCUGUGUCUCAGGACUGGGCUCACUUGUGGCUUUGUCCAUGUGGUAUUCUGGUGUUCUUCACGCAACUUCCUCAUUUGUAACACGAGGAGUCAGACCGGGUGAUCUCCGUGGGCCCUUCCAGUCCUGAUCUUUCUUUCUGUGGCAUAUUCUUUGUAUGGUGAAGGUAAUAAAUUACGCUAAUGUGUCUCUUUGA